AUGAUCCUACCGUUUGACAACAGCGAGCUACAUGUAUUGCCCCCUGUUCCGGCACUCACGUACGAGACCGUCCUGUGCAUGGAGUUGCCGGCGUUCGACCCGGUUCCGACACUGCGCUCCGUGCUGCUUAAACCUCCUCAUCUUCAACGGUUCGCAUGCUUCUUACGCAAGACAGGAUGGCUCACUAUGACCAUUUACGGUUGCGGAUUGAUUCUGCGCAUCGUCGUGUGCUCUGUCCCGGCACCUAUCGGUCGGCUGGUAUCUCCUUGGGCGGCAGUUCUGCACAUUCCGCCGUGCAUCGUGUUCGCCGCCGGCAUCCGAGUCGAAUUCGUGAAACUUAUUCUAUCUGCCUUCGAUUUUUGGUUCCCGUUUGCAGCCAACACGAUGUUUCUUGUCAUAUUCAGCUGCGUUCUAAGAGAUAUGAGAACUCUACUCGUGAUCGCAGUGUGGAUUGCCUUUGGAUGUUCGUUUUUGCAGGAAACUUAUUUUCGAGAUUCUCGCAACAUUGCCAUGUCGGCAUUUGUCGAAGCUUCUUUACUGGUUUUGCUUAUGGGCAGUAUUUCGCUCAACGUCAUGGACGACUUGCACCAUUCCAACUUGAUAAUUGCCGGCGGCCACACACUGUCCACGAAAGAUGUUCUCAUUAAUGUGAUUGGAACUAUGGCAACUUUGAUGAUGCGCACAAUGUACAGAAGGGUAAAACUCAUAAAACGCCAAAAGAAGAUGAAAGGCACCGCGACGCAAUCACUGGGGUACCGCUGUUUUAUUGCUUUAAACCCCACUGGCCCAGGUGCAACUUUGCGCAAUAGCGUGGUACCUCAUCCACUAGGUCCACUGUUAUUUUUCCACGCAAAAUCCACACUUUCACGAAGCAAACAAGAUAGAAUAAGCAGCAGGCACUUGUCGAGCAACCUAGUGUUGCCUCCGUUGCAAAUCCAUCUCGUCAAAAAUCCACGGCACUACGACCCUCGAGACACACUGUGGAGAUGCGUAGGAUCUGUAGAACCUUUACACGUGUGGCAAGCGCUGGUUCUACAAUUUUGUGGAGGUACAGGGUUCCUUCUCACCAUUCCCGCUCCUGUUGCCAAAGAGACGGAAGUGAUGGGCUUAUUGUGUCUUUCCUCUACUGUGGUAUUUUACGCGGUUAACCUGUUCUGUUGCCAACGGUUGAUUGCGGCACAUUUGUGUCUCGCCGACAUUUUGUCGUAUCGUUGGACUUCAACAUGCGGAGUGGCGGCCAGUUAUCUCUGGGCUCAAUGGAGCUUAACUAUUGACGCGUUGACGCCAGCGAUGCGCCACCGACUACUCAUAAAGAACUGGAUGCCGACGUGCUGCAUCGCUCUCUUUAUUGUCAUUCAGCUUCUGGCUUCGCUCGACAUUUUGGUCCUGGACUACUCGCAUCUCCGUGAUCGCGUGUUUUGGGAUCUCAAUUUUCUCGGUCGUAAAGCCCAAUUUCGAGUCGUGACGUUUCUGUGGAGUCGGGUAGUGACCAUUUUCGUUUGGUACGGCCGUUUGCUAUACAUUUUGGUCACUCGAACUCAUGAGAACGCACUUAUUAUUCUACGAGGUAAUGUCGAAUUCGACUACCAAACCUGGAGGUUGCAAGCAAAUAUUGCUCGCGAAGUUAGAAGAAUGGCCAAGUUUGCCAAAUCCAUUCAAGUCACCAAAGCUGCGGUGACAUCCAUCCCCGAGUAA